AAAGAGAAUGAGCCAUAUGUUUAUUAAAUGAUGUUUCCAUAUGGAUCGAUAUAGUAGAGUAUGUGCUAUCUGACUAUGACUAUGACUAUUAGCAUAUUUCAGCUCUUAUCUAGAAGCAUCAGAGAGCAUUACUCCAACAAAAAGACUCAAUUUUUUCUGUGUGCAACAGUAGUAGGAAUCUAAACCAAGUUUUUCAGUGCCUUUUUGGCUACCUUUUUGAGCUAUUAUUGUAAUUUGUUUUAGUUAGUAUUCAUUUCUACAAAGAAUAAUUAACAGAUUCGUGAUCUAAGGAUAAAAUUACGUUAGAUCGUAUAAGUUUACUGAUUACAAUCCGUAAGUACAUUGAUGAGCAUCUAGAGAAAUGAGUAGCGACAGAUCUUUAGUACUACAAAAGCAAAAGCGCUGAAUGAAAAUUCGUUUUUUAGAAGAUUGGAACUGCAAAGUAUCUUCCACCACUAUGAACAUUAUUCAUUAGCAAACAUAUUCCAUGGUGUUUUCAUCGAAAUACUUAUUUUCGUAUGUUUGUUAGUCACUGUAGUCAUUGAACUUUCUUUCCUGUUCAGUAGCAUUAUUUAUAUUAGAAUAAAAUGGGGAAAAGUAAUAUGUAUGUAAAUAGUAAAAUAUGACUACAUUAUCUAGGUUGAUAUUGUCUGAUUGAGGAAUGAAAAUAAUUCCUCGAGCAUUCAGAGAACGUAUGGAGGACUGGUUUGCUAGAAAAGGAUUAUCUAUGCAUACUGAUGUCUUCUUUUAUCUGGAUAUAGUAAAGUCCUGUAUUUCGAGAGUCACAUUUUUUUUUAAGUGGAUCGAACUUCUCUAGAUAUGAUGACUGUGGUUAAUGUAUUUGAUAAUUUGAAACAGCAGAUUCGGCAAGAUUUUCCGCAUGUAACAGAAUUACCAAUUCGAAGUGACAACGGUGGAUGUUAUGCUGGAGGAGCUAUAAUUGUUGCAAGGGAGCAAAUAUGUGAUUAG